AUGGCGUCGGAGGCCUUGGCGAGGAGCGGUGAAGCGAAGCGGCGAGGGGACGGCCUGCAUGCAGCUCAAAGGUACCCCGAGGCUCUCCAAGAGUUUGCUGAGGCCCUCCGCGUCCUCGAUCAGUUCGAGGCCAACACUCCCGAAAUGCAGGAGGAGGAGGAAAGGAAGGUAGGGAUUAUGCGCACGUUCCUCCUUCAGAACAAAGCUUCGUGCUACCAUCGAAUGAAGAGACAUCAAGAUGCCAUCACAGCCUGCACUUCAGCCCUAGAAGAGGAUCCUUGUUGCGAUCAAGCGAUGCUGCUUCGAGCUCGAUGUCACCUUGAGACCUCAGACUGGGCGGCAGCUUACAGAGACUUCAGUGCUGUACUGGAUGCGAAGCCCAACAUGCAAGAGGCGAGAGAGAAGAUCUCGUGGAUCAACACUCACUACCCGGCUGUGGUGAGGAGGGCGAGAGAUCGACGAUCCUCCUCGGAGAAUCGAUUUGCUGUUUCAUUCCGCAUUGUUUUUCACUUCGUCCUAUCCGUCGCCUGGCUGUCCUCGGCCCUCAUGCUCGCUCUCCAUGCCUCAGACUAUGUCGGCGACCUCUCGCGAGGAUAUUUGGCGAUUAUCACGGCGAUCUCGCUGGUGGCGGCUUUGCUGGACCCAGUCUACGUUCUUCUCUUCACCCCCUCCACGUCACUCCGAUCGCAAACAACUGAGUUUGCUGCCGUCGCAGUGUCAAGAGCUUGCACAUUAGCCAUCUGGAAUAUUUUGGUGCCUGAGCUGCACGAUGGCGAUUCGCUGCAUCGCCACGUCACCAGCAGGGAUCGCUUUCUGUGCAACGGACUGGCUGUGAGCUCCGUCAUGGAGGCGCUUCUGCUUCAUCCCCUUGCUCUCAUCGAGCAGUUCGUUGAAGUUCCUCAAGACCCCAAGAGAGUCUGCGCGAGGCUCCGCCUGCUCGCCUUAGCCUGCCGCUUGUUCGCCGAGUACGCGGUUGUGUGGAUGUGCCACGUAUACGAGAGGGCGUAUGGGGACGUGAAGAUAUUCGCUGCGUGGGAGGCGCAGCAUGUGAACGUGCUUCAGCUCAGUCUGGUGCUUUACCCUGUGGUCGCUACUUUCUUUUUCCAUCGUCACCUCAACGAGCUCGAGAGCCUUGCGAGGUCGAGGAGGCGAGCACACAGCAAGUCAAGAUGAGAUGCUUAGCUCAGACCGACCUUGUUGUAUAUUGAUGAGACCAACUAAUGUAGCAACGUAAAAGAAUAGAGUCAAAGC